CACAAGACCAAAACACAUCAAUUAGGAGCGCUCACUCUCUCUCGCGUUCUCGCCUCUCUGUGUCUCUCGUAGAUUUUGACAACUCCAGGGGUAUUUAGCUACUGUGCUCGUUACGAAUUCGAAUUCUAGCGUUCAUAGCCUAAGCAAUGGUGACGAAUAAGGGAGAACCUUCCUCCAAACUUGUAAACGUGGUAAAAAAUGGGCUUCAUGUUCACAAUUCACAUACUCAUAAAGGAGCUUCUUCUGGACAUCAGGAUGUUAAUGCGGAUUUUGCUGGUCAAUUACAUAGACAUCGGCAUUCAAGAAUUAGAACUACAACAGUUGAUGAGUCGGAAAGCCUUUCUGAUAUUGAAGAUGUUCAGGUUACUGGAUAUUUUCUUAACAAGGAGGAGAUGCAUUACAAAAGAAUCAUUUGGGAAGCAAUGAAUAGAGAAUAUCCAAAGAGAGGAAGGCAACAGAAACGAGCAACAGAAGCCAAGAUACAGACUCCUGCAAAAAGAGCUGCCAAAACCACCAGUGUAACGGAGAAUGAAAAGUGUCUCAGUUCAAAGAUCAACUAUGAUGCCUUAAAGAAACUAAAUGAUGAGCUGAACCUAAGUCAAGAAAAAUCCAAGAGAGAGAGCACGGAUUAUGAUUCUGGUGACAAUGGUGAUUUGCAGUCCAACAAGAAACUUGCUGCCGAAGUGUUUGAACCUGGAAAAAGUGACUUCAGCGAUGAGUUUGACCAGGGGACCGACUAUAGAGAAGACGGUGAUAGCUUCGGAGGCUAUGAUGGUAAUCCAUGUUAUGGAUACGAAGAAGAAGAAGAUGGAUAUGGGCAUGACGAGAAUUGUGAUUAUGAGGAUUGACAUUUGAAGCUAUGAAAAACUUGAUUAAUUUGGUGUAUAUUGAAUUUUUUCUUUUGUUUGGUUAAAGUGGAAUUUACCGGAAUAAAAUUCUAUUUUAUGAGGUAAAACAA